AUGGAUGACGACAUUGCUGGACUUGUUAUUGACAAUGGCUCUGGAAUGUGCAAGGCCGGAUUCGCUGGGGACGAUGCUCCUCGGGCUGUCUUCCCAUCCAUCGUUGGCCGACCCAGACACCAGGGUGUGAUGGUGGGCAUGGGACAGAAAGAAUGCUACGUGGGAGACGAGGCCCAGGUGAAGAGAGGCAUCCUGACCCUGAGGUACCCAAUCGAGCAUGGGAUCAUUAACAACUGGGACGACAUGGAGAGGAUCUGGCAUCACACCUUCUACAAUGAGCUCCGUGUUGCUCCUGAGGAACAUCCGGUCCUGCUGACAGAAGCUCCAUUUAACCCCAAUCUUAACAGGGAGCAGAUGGCCAGGAUCAUGUUUGAGACGUUCAACACUCCAGCCAUGUAUGUGUCCAUCCAGGCUGUCCUGUCUCUCUACUCUUCAGGUCGUACUACAGGCAUUGUUCUGGACUCCGGUGACGGCGUCUCUCACGCCGUACCGAUCUACGAGGGCUACGCUCUGCCCCAUGGGAUGUUCCGACUGAAUCUGGCUGGACGGGAUCUGACAGAUUACCUGGUGACGCUCCUCACAGAGAGGGGUCAUCAUUGUAACACAACAGCGGAGAAGGAAAUCGCUCGAGAUUUGAAGGAGAAGCUCUGCUAUGUGGCCUUGGACUAUGACCAAGAGAUGAAGACGGCAGUGUUGUCUUCUGCUCUGGAGAAAACUUAUGAGCUUCCUGAUGGUCAAAUCAUCACCAUCGGUAACGAGAGGUUCCGCUGCCCUGAGGCCCUCUUCCAGCCCGCUCUCAUCGGGAUGGAGUCAGAAGGGAUUCAUGCCACAACCUACAGCAGCAUCUUGAGGUGUGACAUCGACAUCCGUACGAGUCUGUACGCAAACAUCGUCCUGUCUGGAGGAACCACCAUGUUUCCUGGUUUGGCAGACAGAAUGCAAAAGGAGAUGGUUUCCCUGAGCCCACACUCAGUAAAAAUCAAGGUUGCCGCUCCCCCAGAGAGGAAGUACUCUGUUUGGAUCGGUGGCUCCAUCCUGGCUUCCCUGUCCACAUUCCAGAACAUGUGGAUCACCAAGCAGGAGUAUGACGAGUCCGGUCCGAGCAUCGUCCACCGCAAGUGCUUCUGA